CUACAGUCCAAUAUGGGAGACAAACAUUAAUAAUGCUUAAACAGUCACAAAUAGAACCAAAUAUUGGAACUGGGUAAGUUCUAUGAAACUCAUACUUGACACUUUGAAUGUUUAUUAUAGGAGGAUUUCAUUUAGGGAACUAGGGGUAACCUUUUUGAGGAGGUGACAGUUUAAAUCUGGAAGAGAUUAGCAGUUUGGGGAAGACUUCAAAAUAGGAAACAGACUUUGCCAAAGGUCUAGUGGCCUGAGGGAUAAGGUGCUUUUAAGGAACUGAAAGAAAAUAUGGCGAGUGGUAUGAAGGGAGGCUGGAGAAGUAGGAAGGCGCCAUACCAUGUAGGUCCUUGGAGUUUUAUCAUCUUAAGGGCAUUAGAAGACAGUGAAAUAUUUAAGCCAAGUGGUAAUUUGAUUGGCUUUACACUUCUAAAAGUGUAUGGAGAAUGGAAGUCAAGUGGAAAGGAUAUGUACGGUGGGGAAAGGAGGUGUCAGGGAUGACCUGUACAUUUCUAACUUGAAUAGCUGGAUAGAUGUCAUUCACUGAAUUGGGAAAAUUUAGAAGUUCAGUUUUGUACAUAAUGAGUUAUAUAUAGGUGGUGCCUUUGAAAAAUUAAAGAACUGUAAAAUGAGUAGGGAUCUGGUGCUCAGAUUUGAUGCCUGGGCUGGAGACUAAAUUAGUCAUUUAUAAAUGAUUAUUAAAGCCAUGUUCAUAUGUGAGUGAGGAGAGCCUAGGAUAGAGUCUAUGUACUGAUGAAGUUAGAGGAAGAUAAAUCUGCAAAGAACCAGAAGGAAUGCCCAGAAAGAGAGGAAAAUCAGAGGAAAAGAUGCUGGAACCCCAGGAGAGUGGCUUGGUUGACCUGCCACCUUAUGAGCAUAUAGAAGAUGAAAUUUUUCCUCCUUUCCCACCUCCAGCUACUCCAGGGAUAGAAGAUGGUGAAGGAGCUGAACCUUAUGAGUCAGGGAGAGAAGCACCUGUUCCUGUACCUCCAAAGAGAACAGUUAAAAGGAAUAUACCCAAGCUGGAUGCUCAGAGAUUAAUUUCAGAAAGAGGGCUUCCAGCAUUAAGGCAUGUGUUUGAUAACGUUAAAUUCAAAGGUAAAGGUCAUGAGGCUGAGGACCUAAAGAUGCUAAUCAGACACAUGGAGCACUGGGCACAUAGGCUAUUCCCUAAACUGCAAUUUGAGGAUUUUAUUGACAGAGUUGAAUACCUGGGAAAUAAAAAGGAAGUUCAGACCUGUUUAAAACGAAUUCGACUUGAUCUCCCUAUUUUACAUGAAGAUUUUAUUAGCAAUAAUGAUGAAGAAGGGGAAAAUAGUGGCCAUGAUGUAACUGCUACCAAAUUAGAACCCUUUUUGACAAAUUCAUCUGAAAGUGAGAAGUUUGCUUCUGAGUCAAGUAGUAGAAGCCUAACAGAAGAACAAUGUCAAAGAAUUGAAAGAAAUAAACAACUGGCUUUGGAAAGACGUCUGGCAAAGCUACUGAGUAAUAGUCAGUCCCUACAAAAUGACUUGUUAGAGGACACCCCCAGGGCACAGACGGUUGAAGAGGUUAAUCCAGGUGAGGACGAAGAGGAGUCCUCGGACGGACUUAACAUGGACCUAGACAGUCCACUGAAUGAUGCUGCUGACCAUACUAUAAAUGAAGAAGAGGCGUUAAAAUUAGAGAAAACACAACUGGACCAAUCCUUUAAAGAUGCCCAGUAGUAACUUUAUGCUUCAUCUAGAAAUGUCACUGAGGUUGGAUAGGCCUCAACUAAGAGAAAAAUCUAUAUUUGCUAUCCAAGUUUGAGAUGACUAUAUAUUUAACUUUACAGACUCCUGUCUAAAAUCUCAUAUUUGUAGUUGUUUCUUUAGUGUUUAUAGAUAAUGACCACAAAAAUGAUUAGUAGUUAAUAAGCAGUUUCUGCUUCUAGUGUGCUAUUAAAUGUCUUUUUCACUAAAUUGCGUGGUGGUUUAAGAUGUAAAUAUUGAAUAAAUAUUAAAGUCCACUUUUAAAAAGAAAUAAAAAUCUUACUGUC